UCCUUGAACUGAACAAAGCUAUCCAGCUAGCAAAAGCAACCUGACAAAUGGACACGAUUGCACCUCAAAACAAUUUUCCAAGUUGGAAUAAUGUAACGCGUCGUUUGAAGGGUUUGACUGAUAAUGGAUCCUUGCUCUAUCACUGAUGGCAGCGUGGCUGCUAUAUUCAUGGAUCGACAAACUGAAGGAUCUGCACAGAAGAUAUUUCAAAGGCCCCCUGGUGGAGAGUGCCAAAGUGCAAAACUUUAAGGUGGAGGUUCGAGGUGAAAUGUUUCUAUCGACAGAGGAGAGAAAGGUCAUGAUCAAACCCUACAGUCCGAUGACAUUCAUCCAAACGGAUAAACCAAUCUACAACCCAGGACAAACAGUGAAAUUUAGGGUUAUCACCUUGGAUACCAAUUUUAGCCCUGUCAAUCAGCUGUACAAUGUUGUGGAACUUGAGGAUAUUCAUCAGAACAGGAUUGGCCAAUACAUGGGUCAAUACAUCAUCAAGCGGCAUCAUUCUGCAGCUUUCUCACCCCCUGAACUCUGAAGCACCCGUAGGAUCCUAUGCUGUUGUAGUGUGGAUUGGUGAUAACAAAAUAUACCAUCACUUCAAGGUAGAAAAAUAUGUUUUGCCAAAGUUUGAGAUCAAAAUGGACCUCACUGAUGAGAUCAGCAUUGUUCAAGAGGAGUAUAAAGUAGAAGUGUGUGCAACAUACACGUAUGGACAGCCUGUACCUGGAAAAGCAGAGGGAGAGUUGUGCUGACAUUUACUGUACAUUAUAAUGAUACCAAUAAUAAUUGAUGAGAAAAAUCAACAAGGAGUUCCCGAUUUAUACAGCCCCCUGUCACAAAGAGUCAAAAGAGAUGGACCAAACUGGCUGUGCUUCUCAUGUCUUCAACAUGUCCAUUUUCACAAAGAAUGGUAUUACACGGUCAGAGAAAAAACACAUAGGAGAGUGCUAUGUGAUUGGAAAACUCACGUUUGUCGACACGCCCAAAAUCUAUGAGCAUGGAUCAAUUAUCGAGGGCAAGAUAAAUGUUGUUCACUUCAACAACACACCUAUCUCUGACAUGUUAGUCUACCUGUUGGAGAAGAAAGGCUGGUCCUCACAUCGUCUCCAGAACCUAACCACGGACAGCCAUGGUGUUGCCAGUUUCUCCCUCAACACAACCACUAUGCCCAAAGAGGAUAUUAAUCUCAUAGUUAGCAACACACCAGAAGCAGAGAACACUAGAUACAGGGUCCCCUAUUUCAACAGGGGGCACCACGUACUCUCACUGAUCCAGCCCACUGCCCCUCACAGUAAAACAUCCAGCUCUCUGGCUAUUCAGAAGAUGGAUAAACCACUGGCAUGUGGGGAGGAAGUGUCAAUAACCAUCCAGUAUGCUAUCGUAGAGGAGACCGUCCCAAAGGGCUCCGUGGAUGUCAUCUACCUGAUAUUUGAUUCGUUACCAGUCAAGGAGAGAACAUACAUUCCCUACGAGCUUCAAGACCCAGUAGCAUGUUUACGUGUAAGACCAAGAACAUAUGUAAUGCCAUACCCAAAUGGGCCAUCCGAGGAGAAAAAUCAACCUUAUGAAGUUUUUCAGAAACUGGGACUGAAGCUGGCAACUAACCUGGUUUUAAGAGUACCUUCCUGCCUCAGCUACAAGGGGCUGCAGUACCCUUUGCCCGAAGCAGGCUACUAUCCCUACCCUGUAACAAUGACCAGAUUUAACCUGGGUCUAGCGAUUCUGGGUUUAGGUCAAGCUGGACCUGAUGCAGUACCCGGUGAUGGAUUUAGUGCCGCUCCAGCUCCACCACCCAUACAGACAGUCCGUACGUUGUUCCCCGAGACAUGGAGAUGGGAUCUUGUGGAAGUUGGGGAGUCUGGAUCAGCAGACAUGCCCCUUACAGUCCCAGAUACCAUUACCACCUGGGAGACAGAGGCAUUCUGCCUGGCCCCUGGUGGCUUCGGUCUGGCUCCUCCUGUGGAGAUCACUGUCUUCCAGCCUUUCUUCCUAGAGCUCACCCUGCCCUACUCCAUCAUCCGUGGAGAGCAUUUUGAGCUGAAGGCCACUGUGUUCAACUACCUGUCCAAGUGUAUCAUGGUUUCUGUGACUCCGGCUCCUUCCUUAGACUACACUCUCACACCCCUGAAUGAUGUCCAGUAUUCAUCAUGCUUGUGUGCCGGGCCAAACUGAGCAAUUGGGGCAGAAGGCUUUGGUCAGGGAGGUGACCAAGCACCCGAUGGUCACUCUGACAGAGCUCCGGAGUUUGUCUGUGGAG